AUGAAGGUGCUAUCGCGCUACGACCCUCAGGCAGUCUCGUUGCUGCAGAGCACCUCCUUCGUCGUGCUGUACACGUACGACGAGUCGAGCAGCGCAUGGUCCAAGACAUCCAUCGAAGGUCCUCUAUUCAUCUACUCUCGAAGCUCCGCUCCGACGUACGGACUGUUUGUGCUGAAUAGAAAUGGCAUGAAUAAUUUCAUUGCGACGUUGGGAGAGCGGGAUGAGGUGGAUUGCAACGAGGGCUUCUUCAUCUACAGACCUGCCGCCGAGGAGGCGCAGGAGGGGGAGCAGAGGCAGGAGGGGCAGGAGGAGCAAAGCAGCAGCUACACGUACGGCAUUUGGAUCUUUGAAGAGGAGCAGCGGGAUACGUUGGGACAGGAACUGGUUAGGUGCGUUGGGGGCGCAUACAUGCGGGGGCUAUAAGCUCGCCCUCAGCCUAUCUCCCCUCCUUCCUCUCCACCCCACAGAUUGCAUCAACAGUCCGCAGAUGCAAAUUCGGGCACAGCGCCCGCGUCUGCCAGCCUCUCUGUGGAUGCUCUCUUUCGUUCGUCAACACAAGCGUCCACGCCCGACACCAGCGGCCCCUCGCUGCUCGAUCAGAUGUUUGCUCAGGCCGCGGCCCCGUCACCGUCACCGCCAGCACCGCUAGCAGCGCCAGUCGUCGCGCAAGCAGCGGACAAGUCAUUGCUGGACAUGCUCUUCGCCGCAGGGUCCAGCAGUGCAUCGCAAGCAUCCGCCUCGCCCGCAGUCAGUCAAGGCAAGAGAGGGUCAUCCACCCAGUCGGGCACCUCGCAGCACGCGCACAUUCAACCUCCUCCUGCCGAAUCGCUACCGCUACCCCUGCCAAGUCCCACGAGUCCCAGACGAGAAUCGUACGCGUCCGCAUUGGGAUCCGCGUCGCGCAAGUCUGACGCGAAGGCCGUCAAAGAGGCCAACGACUCCGCAACGACGUCCGCCGAAGGAUUGAUGGCGCUGCUAGGUCUCUCCAAGCCUGCUGCAGGGACCGACGCUCCGUCUGCAAAUGGGCGCGUGGCACAUUCAGCAGGCGGGCCCAAGAGGAUCGGUAUGCAAGACUUGUUUGGUCCGGGUGCCGUAACACUCGACCGUAAGCUUGUGCUAGCUGCAAAAGAAGAAAUUCGGACGGGCGAGCAGCACUUGCUCGUCGUCAGCUCGUCGCGACGGAAGGGAAUCAUCGCAGGACGAGGUGUGCUGCUGCGCGUUGGCAAGGGCAGGCCGACGAGACGGGAGAUGGAGCAGGAAGCGCAAACGAGAAAGACUGAGCUCAGACGCGGAGAUUAUAUCGUUUGCGCCUCGGAGCACCGGGACGAGGAGAUGGAUGCAGAGACGAGCGAGUGGUUGGAGGGGCAGGGGAUCGCGUGAGUAGAAAGGAGAUACUCAUUCGCGCCGCGGGGAUAAGCACGGCUGAUUUUCCUCUGCGCCCCUCAUCAGCCUCCUGCGUGCGCAAGGCGAGGCAUUCUCAGCGAUGCAAAGCGCUUGCGAGCGUCUACAACGCUGGACAUGUUUCGUUAGCGGAGCGGUGCGAGGUGGUGAGUCGUUUGGACGGUGCAAGUCCGCACGCUCUUCUCACUGUUUGCAUCCCCACAGACGAGAGCGGAGGAGAGCUCGUGGUUCUUUUUUAG